AGGGGUAGAUCAGCACUUUUCACGACCGUUGGCGCGUUAGUACACAGCGGGAAGUUGUACGGGCCGGAACGGUUUUGCUUUGCUGCGCGAUGGUUCACGCGAGUAGACGAUAAGCAAAGGUGUGUAAUCGUGGAGAAGAGAAGGCAGACAUUGGGCUGCUUCUUUUGGUGAACAGAUAUGUGUGAAGUGCUGUACGCGAUAAGGUUUUGCGUUACCGAGAAAGUUCUAAGUACUAAGACUAACAAUAAGCAAUUAGAAUUCGUGUGUAUGGAUAAUCAAAAUGGAUGCUAAAGGUGCAUCGUAAGAAGCGUGCAAAUGCGUGUGAUAUCUUGGAAAAAGGUAUGACCUCCAAUGGUAGUACUUUAAUGCGUGAUACCUGUUACGCUGCGAGUACCUGUGUUUUAGGACAAUCUUAUUAUCAAAUCAGAAAGUUGCUGACCUCUGCUUUGAAACGAACGGCGACAUCGUAGUGCAUCUUGAAUAACAAACUCAUAAACGAAGGUCACUUUUCGCGCACUUUUAACACCGUGUCGCCAGAGCAUCGUCGGCCAUUCGGUUGUGGGUGACCGAAUCGCACACAGGACCGCAGGUUUGCGUUAUAUUUUGCAUCACCACAACACACCGAUCAUGUUGCUGAUCGAUUGCUUCCGUCGGCCGUCGCACGAGCUGCAGGCGCGGAAGAAGCAAUCCUCCAAGGAGGUGGUCCAGAUGCGCAAGCUGUACCGCGACCCGGUCAAGGUGCUGCUGCUCGGCGCGGGCGAGUCGGGCAAAACCACCAUCAUCAAGCAGAUGCGCAUCCUGCACAUACAGAACAGCUACAGCUUUGAUGAACGGCUGGAGAAGCUGUCGGACAUCUACGAGAACAUACACGAGUCGAUCUACGAGCUGGUGCGGCAGGUCAUACUGCUCGAGCUGGAGUUCGACUCGAUCGCCAAUCAACGGUGCGCGGAGUACAUCCUCCGGAUGGGUCCCCAAGCGCCCUGGAAUCUCUCGGCCGAGUACGUCCGGUGCGUACGACGUCUCUGGUCGGAUGCCGGUGUGAAGCGGUGCUACAAACGCUCGAACGAAUUUCAGCUGAUCGACAGUGCGAAGUACUUUCUCGAUCGCGUGGAAAAGAUCUCAAUGCCCGGGUACAUCCCGACGAACGGGGACAUCCUGAACUGCCGCAAAACGACGACGGGUAUACAGGAGGUGCGGUUUAACGUGCGCAUGCCCGGCUCGCUCGGCGGCGGCACGCAGGAGUUCCGCAUGUUCGAUGUCGGCGGGCAGCGGCACCACCGCAGCAAGUGGAUGCAAGCGUUCGAGGGCGUGCAGGCGGUGCUGUUCCUGAUCUCGUGCGGUGGGUUCGACCAGACGUUGCGCGAAGACCCGAAACAGAACCGGCUGGCGGAGGGGUUCGAGCUGUUCCGGGGCGUCUGGCACAAUCGCUUCCUGGCGGAGACGGGCGUGAUUGUGUUCAUGAACAAGCAGGACGUGCUGGAGCAGAAGCUGCUGGCGGGCCAAUCGAUCCGGACGUACUUCCCCGACUACGACGACUACGUGGCGUUCGCGGACAAGGACCAGCUGUACGAUGAGCUGACGCGGACGCGCUCCUUCAUCCGGUCGAAGCUGGUGGUAGGUGGAUGCGGGAAUUGCAAAUUGAAGAGAUUAGGUUUACUAAAAGGUUUUCCGUUUCUUUUUGCUCUCCCCACAGGACAUUACAAACGAACCACCGCGAAGAACGUCGCAUCUUGUGGGGCGCAAACGGACCUGCUACUUCCACUUCACCAUCGCCACGGACACGCAGAACGUGCGCACCGUUUUCAACGAUGUGCACAACAUCAUACUGACGAAAAACCUUUCCAAGAUGGAUUUACUUUAAGUGGAAAGCAGCGGUUGUAGUACGUGGCGCAGCUGUUACGUUAUGGAAAUUAUUUAUUGCGUGUUUUUUGCGUUGGAUUAAGCGUACGUUCCCAUCGGUCAGUGUCGGUGUGCUGUGCCUUUUGUUUUGUAUGUAAAUUCUGUUUAAAUAUACUUUUUUGUACCGUUGUGAUUUUAAAACAGUAACAAA